AACCCAGCCUAGGAUCCCGGAAGGCGCCUGACGUCAACCACAACACGUCCAUGAUACCACCAGUCACGAUUCCUAUUCAUGAACCAUGACGGCGUGAGACCAAUUUCCGCUCUUUCUAGAAAUCAAACAUUAUAGUUGGCGUGGCAGCUUCGCCUAAAAACGCCCACAGACUGCUGCGUUUUUCGCUUGAGCGCAUCUGCCCUUCCCUUGCUCGCCCCUCUAAGUUUCUCGAUCCUGAGUUUUGAGAAAUCAUGGCGACUCUGAAGGAAAACUUGCGGCUGUGGGAUGAAGGCGUGGCGGCGUGCGAUCGCGGGGAGUUCCGCACGGCCUUGGAGAAGUUCACGGGAAUCCAGGACCCGUCGGCGAAAAUUCUCUUCAACAUCGGCACCGUGCAGAUGGCGCUGGGGCAGGUCCAGCCAGCCGCUAAGUCUUUCAGUUCGACUCUGGAGAAAGAUGAACACCUGUCUGUGGCGUAUUUCCAGCGAGGCCUGGCUAACUUCAAGUGUGGCAGGGACCAGGAAGGUCUGCGGGAUUUUCAGGAGUCGUACCAGCGUCUGCGGAGGAACGCGCUCAUCGACUACAAACAGCUGGGACUGCGCUAUAAACUCUGCGCCUGCGAGGUCCUGUACAACACAGCCCUGGUGCACUUUAAGCUGGGACAGACGGCCCAGUGUAAGGAGAUGUUGUUAGAAGCACAGAAGGUCAAGAUUGAACCUCGACACAACGUGAUCGACAAGGCUCUUGAGUGUCUGGAUCGCCACCAGACGUUCCAGCCCAUAGAGAUGCCGUCCAACGUGCUGUUCAGGCCUGCCACCUCCAUCAUACAGAACCUGGAGAAGAAGGACUAUCUGGGCAAGGCCAAGGUGGUUUCAUCUAUUACUGACAGAGAUGACUUCUCUGGGUUUGAACCUCUCAGGAGGCCGAAAGAAUCCCAGGCAAAAUCAUUGGAUGCUGCUCUAAGACCGGAGGGGACCCCCCACAGAGUUGUGCGUGACCACGCCCCUAACUCAGCGGAGGAGCUGGAGGUCAGGGUGGGGAACAUGGUGUUUGUAGCUGCACAGGAGGAGGGCUGGUGCAGCGUGUCAUUCAACAACAAGAUCGGACUGGUGCCAGCUGUGUGUCUGGAGGAGGUGGAGGACAAGAGAGGAAAGGGGGAGGAGGGGAGAAUAAGAGACAGUAAAGUUCCGGAGCCCCCUCGGAGUAAACCCCCCCAGCCGCCCGUCCGCCCCAGCCCCCCGGCCAGACUACCCCCUAUGCUCAUGCCCCCCAAGAAGGCACUACCGACACCCCCUGAUGAGGAUUCGGCUUUCCUACCCCCCUCUGCACCUCCCAACAGGGCACCCCCACCACUGGUGAGGGGGAGCCUUGCUCAGGGUGACAACGGUUUCUAUGACAAUGAGGAAGCCCCCAUAUCUCCGCCUGCUCGACCUCCGCCCCCAAGGCCCCCUAGCCUGUCUGCGGACAUGCCUGUUGUAGUGAAGGUUCACCACACGGACAGUUACACCGUCGCCAUACGCUCCAAGUCUGGCGCGACCUUACGUGACCUCACCGUCAUGGUUGCUAACAAGUUCGAGAUGGCGGAAGAUGUGGUCACACUGUGGUAUAAGAAGGAAGGAGAGGAGGAGAUGACAGAGAUAGUGAAGGAUGAGGACAUGAGAGAGGUGUGGGCCACGGUGAGGGAGGGGCAGCUCACUUUGUGGCUCAAGGACAGGAAGGAUGACCAGGAGAGUGUGAGCGCGAUGUCGAUGCAGUUCAGUAAGGUGGUCGCCCUGCAUGACUACGAGGCAAGCGAACCCGGAGAUCUGGGCUUCAUGGAGGGAGACGUCAUCACUAUCAUGUCACAAGUAAAUGAAGACUGGUUGGAAGGCCGCUCCAGGGGCAACGUGGGAAUUUUCCCAGCAGGCUAUGUGAAGCCCUGGGACAAGAGGCUACCCAAGGAGGGAAUUUCCUGUGCUUGAUGUUGCACCUGGCCCUUUCCUUUUUAACCUUUACACCACUAAGGUGGCCAUUUGUCAAUUCACUCUUGUAUUGAUUACAGAAUUAGGCAGCAUGGAGGAAGUUUCAUGUUUUCUUAACCCCAGAAGACUUGCAUUAUUGUGUAGAAGACAUUUGAGUCUGAAUCAGGCUUCUCAAAACAGUGCCCCAAAAGUUGAAUAUCAAAGUUGUCAUGUAUAUUUAUAUAGCUGGAACAAAUUUUUAGAAAAAAAGGAAUACUGUAAAGCUGAAAGCAGUAUUGUAUAUUUUAUAUAACUAAUGGUGGUGGAUAAAUAUACAUUUGUACAAAUGUAUGUUAUCAGGGCUGUGGAAGAUGUUCAUAUAUGGCAAGUCUAGAGAUUAUAUUUUAAGCACUACUUUGUACAUUGUAAGGUAGUAAAGCUUUCUAUGUCUUUGACAUUGUAUAGAAAUGGAGCAUAAAUUAGUGUCUAAUAUGUGGCUUAAAUCAUUUAUCAUAAAAAUAAUUGACGUUCCCCUCAACUAAUUAUAAUGAAUAAAAUAAAUUGUCAUCAAUGUUGCAUUUUUUUUUCAGAAUGUAUAAGACUAGUUGCAACAAGGAUAUUAGAAAAAAUCCAGCCUACAAUUUAUGUACUGUGACAACAUACUGUUUUAUUUUGUAAUGCACUGUUGGAUAUAACAUUGGAACGGAUCUAUCAAAGAACAUGCCAGAAAGUUGCUCAAAAGUAUGUCCAAAAUCCUUUGGAAUACAAAUACCCAAGGAGAAACAAGGAAAUACAAUGUCAUGUAAACGGUCAUACAUGUAGAUCUGGACUAAGGAAUAUGUAUUACUAACUAUCUUUGCACAAACUUUGAUACAAUUCUUAAAGAAUAAAUACAUCACUCUACACAAAUGUACAGUCUCCUCUGUAAUACUUCACUACUAGCUGCCUAUGGGUCUCUGAGACACUUGGAAAAACCUUAUCUAACUUCACCUUGUUUGAGUUAUAUUUGGCAUUGAGUGCAGUAAAUUAUUUGGCUUUGUGCAAACGGUUUUGGACUGUGCACCAGUGCCCCCUGUAUUCUGGUGAAUGAACUGCACCAGCAACACCCAGUAAACUUUGUCCCAAAGCCACUUGGAAGAAUGGCUCUAUUUACAGUAACAAGCCGGUAUGUCAACUUUGGAAACAUUUCAUUUGUGUCUAGAACUAAAGUAAGGAUCUAUGGAUAUGCAUAUGAAUCUGUCCAUAAAUAAAAAAAAGCUUCUUAUUUGGAGUUCAAUACAUGUACAUUGUCUUUCUUGCCUGUGGUAACAUGUAAAAUUACAGGGAACAAAACUAUUUCACACUGACUGUCCCAACAAUUACAGUAACUGAAAAGCCAUGGUUUUAGAGAUUAUAACAUUUGGCAACUGUGGAUUAUGGAUACAAAACCGACAAAAUUCUUUUUUUUCCAUAAUAAUUAUUAUGGAAAUGACUAGUAGAAUAAGAGU